GGAUGUGCCUGGAUAUGCACGCCAAGCGUACACUCGGUACAGUGGAUCGACGAGUACAGUUCGAUCGGGAGUACGACCAGCGGACGUAGAAGCGGCAACGGAGUCGUGCAAAGUUUUCGACGCGUAUUGGGUGAGGUGUGGUACCGAGUAGUGCUGUGAUCGCCGGUAUAUAAAGUGGUGUGCCAGCAGUUGUAGUGGAAUUUUCAAGGCGAAAUCUCAGAGAAACCGUGUCUUUGUCUCUCAGAUCCGACAGGAUGGCAACGGAACUAGCGAAUAAAAAGGCGGAGCGGGACGCUCUCAGGGUAGUUAUACAGCAGUGGAACGCCAAUCGCUUGGACCUGUUCGAACUUUCGGAACCCAACGAAGACUUGGAGUUUCACGGCGUGAUGAGAUUUUAUUUCCAAGACAGCGGUCAAAAGGUCGCUACUAAGUGCAUCAGGGUUGCCUCGGACGCGACUAGCCAGGCAGUGAUAGAAACGCUUAUAGAAAAAUUUCGUCCCGACAUGAGAAUGCUGUCCGUCCCAGAAUAUGCCCUUUAUGAGAUUCAUGAGAAUGGAGAGGAGCGUAAGCUUGAUUUAGAAGAAAAACCACUACUAGUUCAACUAAAUUGGCAUAUGGACGAUCGGGAGGGACGCUUCUUGCUGAAGAGGAUCGACGAUAAAACCAAUGCGCAAGGUGUCGGUUUUACUUCAGCCGAAGGUUCUAGCUUUCGAAGAAAAUUGAGCAAGCGAGAAAAAAAACAGAUUAAGAAGCAGGAGAAGCUCAGUCGAUUAAAGAGUUUAGAGCAAGAUGAGAAUGCGAUGCCUGGUGAUCAGAACGGUGUCGCCGAGAAGCUUUACACGGAAUUACCUGAGACCAGUUUUACGAGGAGCAUCUCGAAUCCGGAAGCGGUGAUGAGACGACGUCGCCAACAGAAGCUUGAAAGAAGACUUCAACAAUUUCGUAGUAAAGACGGCGGUCCUGACACAGGCGGUACAUUGAAAAUUUAUGGUGAGGCGUUGUGCAAAGACGUGCCAUACAAAACACUGCUAUUGAGUGUGCGAGAUUCCGCCGCUCAGGUUGUGCGAGAAAUGCUUUCUAAAUAUGGCCUGGAAAAAGUGGAUCCACAAUUAUAUUGCCUUGUGCAGGUUAAUAGUGAGAACGUGAGUGGCAAUAUGCAUCAGGAAUAUAUAUUGGACGACGACGAGUGUCCUUUGGCGAUAUUAAUGAAUCACCCUUCCACGCGAGGUUCCAUUAUGUUUCACGUGAGGAGGAGGCCCGCAGAUUACAUGCCGCGGAAACGUAAAAAGAAACCAACUGGAAAAUGGAACGAGCUGGAUCAUAAAUACGAAGACGAGAGACUACCAUUUCUGCUGGAACUUAAUCCUGACGGCAGCGAUAUCCCGAAUGGCGCCGGAGUGCGACACCGAUUACAACCGAAUGUCACGGAGGUAGGAUCAGAGAGACCGAUAGGACCGCAAGCGGUGCAAGCGCAAACACUGACGCUGCCGGGACCGAUGGUGAUGCCCAGGCAUUGCGUUAUAGCCUUUACCGAGAACAUUGUGACUCUCACGCCAUGUUCCAGAGAUGCGCAUACAUAUGUUAACAAUCAGAGGAUACAUCAGACGACCAUUCUACAGAAUGGUGCUAUCAUCAAAUUCGGCAGAAUGCACACCUUUCGAUUCAUUGACCCGGCGCCGGAAGAGCGCAUUAGGCAGAGACACGAUUCCAACAAACAGAUCGACUAUGCUUAUGACCGACGCUCGCCGGACGCGACCAGUCAGGAUGUCAGCUCAGAGAAGUUUCAUCCGGGGUCUGGAACACCAAACGGCGGUAGUCAGAUCCCGGGUCAAGCUCAAGAGCGAGCGACCCCGUCAAGUCCCUCGAAGUCUGCUGUUGCAGCAGUUCGUAGUCCUCGUAGUCCCACGCACCCGCCGGAGCCCACGCACAAUUAUGAGACCACAUUCGACCUGGAUGGAAACGUGGAGACCGCUAGUCUAAGCAGCAGCAGAGAUGGCAACAGCAGGCUCUCACAAUACGAUCGACAACCGCGAGGCACCGAUCCAAUUCUGCCAGCUGUCUUAGAGUUUCUCGAGGAGACAGAGGAGACAUUCCUUCACGCUGUCAUCACCGAUAUAGAACCCUCGGCGCCACAAUUCAAGUUAGCGCCAACAUACACCCUCUAUCUCAGCGCCAGAUAUCGCGCCAGUACUCAUUAUAGACCAGAAUUGCAGCCUACGGAAAGAGCGCAUCGACUUACCGUCAUGUUGGCGAAUGUUGCUACUAUGAUACAACGCGUUAUCCAGGAACGUUACAUGGACGCUUCGUCAUUGGCCUUUUGGCUAGCGAAUGGCUCGGAGUUAUUACAUAUGUUGAAGAGUGACCGGCAUGUAGGUGCAUUUUCCACGCGAGCGCAAGAUAUCUUGGCAGAAGCGGUACACACAGCUUUUGGUUCGUUGGUGCGCUGCAUUACAUUAGAGCUUACACCAGCAAUGACACAGUUCAUGGCGGACGCAGAUGAACCAGCGAAGGAGGCUGGAGUGUUGCAGAUUUUUUCAAAUACGAUGGCCUUAUUACGACGAUGCCGUGUGAAUGCCGCAUUGACGAUACAAUUAUUUAGUCAUCUGUUUCACGCUAUCAAUGCCACGGCUUUCAAUACUCUCGUCUCAAAUGGAAAUCUGUGCGUCAGAUGGUUUGGACGCAGACUCAAAGCGAGACUGAACGCAUUAGAGACCUGGGCCGAAAGGCAAGGCCUGGAACUUGCCAGUCAAUGCCAUUUGGCGACGAUCAUGCAGGCGACUCAUCUAUUACAAGCUCCGAAAUACAAUGCUGAGGAGCUGGCUACGCUAAGCUCGACCUGCUUUAAAUUAAAUUCUUUACAAGUGAGGGCAUUACUACAAAAAUAUCAACCGGCCGCGGACGAGCCUAGACUACCUGCCGAGUUGAUCGAGAACGUAGUGAGAGUAGCAGAGAGUGUCGCGGAUACACUUGCGCGUGCAGAUGGUCGCGAAAUAAGAUUAGAAGAAGAACCUGUCCUAGGGUUAGCAUUGCUACUUCCCGAGGAUGGCUACAGUUGCGAAGUAAUAAGAGGUGUUCCACCGGGAUUAGCGGAAUUUCUGACACCUCUACAACGAGACGGAUUAUGUCGAAUGGCAGCCCAACCUAGUAGUAGUGGUUAUUGGACUAUUUAUAUGAUAGAUCAUCACAAUAAUUUGCGUAGUCCCAGCGCAAUGAGUAAUAGAUCUGGUGGCUACAUCAGUCACAUAAAUCAAAACCAAGCACAACCUGAGAUACAUGUUAUUAAAUUACACAAGAGUACCAACGGUAUGGGCUUAAGCAUCGUUGCAGCAAAGGGUGCAGGACAGGAUCGAUUAGGUAUCUACAUCAAAAGUGUUGUUGCUGGUGGUGCCGCAGAUGCUGACGGUAGAUUGACGGCAGGUGAUCAACUACUCAAGGUAGAUGGACAAAGUCUGGUCGGGAUAACGCAGGAAAAAGCUGCUGAGUAUCUUGUACGUACCGGUCCGAUCGUGACAUUGGAAGUUGCGAAACAGGGCGCUAUAUAUCACGGACUUGCAACGUUAUUAUCUCAACCUUCUCCGGUGAUGUCAAGAGCAUAUAAGACUCGGCCCAGGUCCGAGCUCUUAGAGUCAGCGGUAGAGACAACGGAGAUGACCAAUCAGCCAGCUACGUCACAUUCAAUGGGUGACUUAUUGUCCUUUCCGAAGCAGGCGCCGUGUCAGGAGUUAGUUCAACCAGGUCCUCGUCGCAUGAGCGAGCGGGAUUUACCGUCACGGCUUGGACAUGAUGCCACUCUUCAGCAAAUCCAUAGCAGCAAGUCUGUACCGGCAUUGCAUAAUAUGGGUACCGAAGCUAAGCAACAGCAUGAAGUGUUCAAUCCCGGAUACAGCAGAGCUUCUUCCAGCAAUAGCGUUACACCGCCUGUUCAACCACCUCCUAUGGCGACGAUCAAUAGUGCAACUUCUUUACGUUCCAGGUCGAGCCAUAACUUGCAUGAUCCCAUGAGAAUCGGAACUUUACCGUCCACUGGCUUGGUCAGCAGGCAGCAAUCGUCGCCCAAUUUAAAUCCAAGUACGUCGCACAUAAAUACACCGUCGAAUGUACAGGGCACAGAAGCAGAGCGAUUUUAUCAGAAUCUGAGUAUUUAUCGAAACCAAGACUCAACGGUGAAGCAACAAAUCAGUCCACAACAGUCAGAAGAUAGCAGAAAUCCUCAGCACAUCCAAAAGGGUUCAUUAAAGGGUUCGCAGAACUCAUUGAAUCGUCCUUCUACUAUGGAAGUUGGCAGCCAUUUCCGAGAUCGUCCGACAUCUGCUUACAUUACCCAAGGCCAACAGCAGAGCUACUCAGCAGUCAGCAAUCAAAUGCAGCAACAAACUAAUGGUCCACCACGUUCCCAGUCUUCUCGUGACAUUAUCCGCCAGGAGGCGAAGAUGCAGGAGAUGCAGGAGGAAGUUCGCCGACGAGAAUUGCGUGGCGGCGUACCGCUACUCAAUCAACAUAGACCGCCAAUGUACAACAUCAGUACUCGAGUAGCGGUUCCUUCUGCUCAACAAGUGUCGAACUUGCGUUUACCAAGGCCACUCGGUUCCACGUCGAAUCUAGGAACGACCUCCAACUACAUGGCGAGACAAAACGCGCCUAGUUACAAUUAUCUGGAUGCCCAAUAUGCUCAGUACAACAGCACGCAGUAUAAUCAAUAUAAUCCCAACCGAUAUCCGGUAAUUGAAAGUCAAUACGGUCCGAUGAUGAUGCCCAAACCGAAAAACGAGACAAUCGCGCGCGACCAUCAGCCGAUGCCCAAUGAAAAUUUACUCGGUAGAGACUCGAGCAGUCAAGAAGCAAAGUCAUACGCCGAACAGAACCGACAUGUCGCGGGUUCACAGAAUAAUCCGCAUUAUCCGAAUGGUAAUCUAGAACCCCGCGUCGAUCAAUAUGAGAAUGACAACUUCAAUCGUGCGCAAAACGGAGAUGGCCAUUCUACAGAAGUGCCACCAAUGAGACCGGCUUUGCCAUCUGAGGAUACAUUUAGCGAAAGUCCACCACCGCCGCCGCCCAGCACUUCAACGCACCCUCUGUACAAGCAAGCCGAUACGAGAUAUACCGCAAGCAUGCAGGAUCCACCACGAGGUAGUUAUUACCCUGUGGGAGGAAUCAGUGCCAUGCAGCAACCGCGUCAGUAUCAAUAUAGCGCGACGAAUCCUUGGCAACGCGAAGAAAGAGAGAAGGAACAAGCUCGUAGAAGAGAAGCCGCUCGUCAAUGGCGAGAUCAGCAGAUUGCUGAGCUAAGCGCACUAACACAUCGAACUCAGCAGCAGGAGGAGCAACUACGAGCUCUUCAACUGGAAAGAGAUUUCCAGAAGCGUGCGGAGGAGAUUGCUAAUCAAGACGAUGAUGAGGAGAGCAACGAUUUGGACAACGAGAGUGUGCAGCGCGUUCAGGGCUUGCUAAGGAUGGCAGCCAGUCAAGACAGAGCAAUCCAAGGAGCUCUGCCACCGACUUUAUCGAGAACAAUUACUGGCAACCAAUCUAUGAGAAGUGGUUUGCCUCUUCUGAGCAGCCAAUCUGUCACCAGCAGUCAUAUUCACAUUCUGCCCAAUCAAAACACAGCGCCUCAAAAUGUUGAAAUGAGCAGUCCUGGUCGAGAAAAUAAUGGGUUGCACGUACAAUCAAAUCAGCAGCAACAACAACAAACGGCGGGUCAAAAUGAAGAGCAUGUAUCGCCAGCUAAUUAUGGCACACAUAGUCAUUUCAGUUCUGGUCAGAAGUCUUAUUCCAUGGGUAUGUCGCACUCCGUAGAAGAUAGGGAAUUGCAACGGAAAAUGGAUGAAGUGAAGCGGAAGCAGGCUGGAUAUGAAGAGAAUCAGAAAAAACUAGAAGAACAACAGCAGCAAAUAUAUCAAUUGAAUCAACAUCCGCGCAGCCAGCUACACCCUGGCAUGUUGCGCUUAGACAAUUUGAUUAUUAAUGGCCCUAACAUAUCUACAUCUUCGCAAAACAAUAUAAACGAUGCACCCCCACCACCAGAACGAGGUUCUAGUUACGCCGUUAUGUCACAGCAGAGUGCUCUCAGAUCAAACGGCUCGACUACAUCUAAUCUACCUCCCACUUCUCAACAGUCAGCAUCUAUGAAAAGAGUUUCUUUUCAUGAUUCGAAUGCAAACAGUGAGUCCAUGCUGCGCAAUGUAUCAUCUGGAAUGUCAAACCCGCCGUCAAUCUCAAUGGAUAUCAUUAGAGAAGAUCCCAACAAUUUUAUCAACGACGCAGAGAAUUUAUUAGCCUCUCCCAAGACACCGGAAGGAUCCGGGACUUCGUUUACUGGCGCCACUCCUGGUGUAAUCGGAGCUCAAGAAGUCUAUAAGGACCCGAGACAAAAGCGACUGGCGGAAAAGCAGAAACAGCAGCAAAACUCGCAGAUUGGCGCGGUGCCAGAAAAACUCAGCUUUAAGGAGAAAAUGAAAAUGUUCGCAAUGGAAACUGGCGAGGAUGGCACACCGCGAGAUAAAGUGAAGAUCUCGCGCGCUCAGCGUGAGAUUGACAACAUCAGCAGCCCACUUAAUUCCAACAAUAACAAUAAUAACAAUAACACCACCAGCGGCAAUAACACUAAUAACAAUAGGACCUAAAAAAUGUUGCAUUUUUAUUUUGCUUUAGCAAUUAAGACAAAUGAAAUAUUUUUUGAAAUAUCUAGGACGAUUGGACGAAAGUCACGAUUGUAAACUGCAUAACCGCGUUAUAUAUACGAAAAGAUAAUCUUUUUAAAUUAUAUAUAAUUUAGCCAAA